AGCAAAGGUGAUACCAGAUAAUAUAUAUGGUAUGAUAUAUGUGGUAUGGUAUAUAUGGUAAUGAUACCAAAGAAGGAUGAAACAGUAGGAAUCCAGGAAUAUAAUGAAUUACAUAAAAUAAGUAUUGCAUAGGUGAAACAGAAAAGGCUGAAGAGAUUCAUAUGGAGAGGUAAUCCAUACCUUUUAUAUUUUAUGGGGAAAGUUGUCUUCUAAUUAGACUUUUUUCCUGAAGUAAUAAAUGUGCUAGUGAAAAAUGACAGGAUCAAGCAAGUGAAGGUCUUGUAUUGUGGCAGUGAUACAGUGAACAUUUUCAGUGCAUUCAGCUUUUAACCUCUGAUGUGGAGAGAGCCAAGUGUUGUAACAGAACUGGAACUGAUCUUUUGGUAUGUUGGUGAGAAGGUGGAGAUCAACUUGUCAGAGUUGCCGAAGUACCGCAGUGCAAGAGCCUUUCCUGUUUCAUAACACGGAUUGCCCUGCGCGCUUGGCAGUGCUAAGGUGGUAGGCAAGAGCUUACUCAGCUUCCUUGCAAACUGAGGAAAGAAGCUGUAACGUGGACAGCCCUUUUUGCUGAGGCACAGUUUAUCAUUUUGCAUAAAAAGUCACACAAGGGAGAGAUUAACACAAUCGUUCAGAAGAGUAAAUAAAAGUUAAUUAAAGAAGAUUUAAUAAAAUUCUGUGAUCUGUAGCUCUAUUCAUUCAUCCCUUACCAUCUUUUAUCCACAUGUUCUUCCCAGCAGUUCCAAAACUACUGCACUUCAUUCUUCCACUUUGUGUACAGGUCAGAUGUUACUCCUCUCUUUAUCAGAUAGUGAUCAUAAUUUGUGUAUUAUUUGUCUUUUUGCGUAUUGCUUUUGCAUAUAAUAACAACUUUCUUCAGUAAAUGAAGUUAAAAGUGUUUGAGCCGUUACAAAAAGAAACCAUUGUAAAAACCUUGUAAGAGUGAUAAUGAACUGGAGGACGGUUGUAUUUUCUUUUUUCUUUUCUUUUUUUUUUUUUUUUCUAAAUGGCAUUUAAGAGUGUUGAACUUGAUGAAGAGGAGAUCCUGUUUGGCGGGCACUCUGCUGUUGCAGUUUCUGAAAGCCAUGGGAAUGAGGGAGGGCAUUGCAAUUCUAUAUAUAAAGCAUUCAAGCUUGAAGAGGUAAGCCUAGAAAGUAGUAGUAGCAGCACUGCCCAUUUGGAACCGAGGAGAGUACGGGAAAACCUCUCCAGUUAGGACAUGCAUCAUGUUUCCGAUAGUAAUACUGCUCAUCUGCAGUUUUCUGCAAUCAGCUGCUUUUGAUGGAAAUUAUUGGCCUCACUUUUUUCUCCAAAAACAGAAAGAAUCUCUGCAGAAAAUUUUGAGCAAGGAUUCCUGUUCUACCUGGGGUGGAGGGCAUUUUUCAACCUUUGAUAAGUAUCAGUAUGACUUCACUGGGACCUGCAACUAUAUCUUUGCAACUGUAUGUGAUGAAACCAGCCCAGACUUCAACAUUCAGUUCCGCCGUGGGCUGGACAAAAAAAUUGCGAGGAUCAUUAUUGAGCUGGGACCUUCUGUUAUCAUUGUUGAGAAAGGCAACAUUUCCAUCAGGAGUGUUGGUGUUGUUAAGUUGCCUUACACCAGCAAUGGGAUUCAAAUUGCACCUUAUGGCUGCAACAUCCGUCUGGUGGCCAAGCUGAUGGAGAUGGAGCUAGUUGUCAUGUGGAACAAUGAUGACUAUCUUAUGGUUUUGACUGAGAAAAAGUAUAUGGGGAAAACCUGUGGCAUGUGUGGAAAUUAUGAUGGUUAUGAAUUGAAUGAAUUUGUGAGUGAAGGUAAAAUCCUGGAUACAUAUAAAUUUGCUGCAUUACAAAAAAUGGAUGAUCCAUCAGAGAUCUGCCUGUCUGAAGAGAUACCAAUUUCCACGAUUCCUCACAAAAAAUACGUUAUGAUCUGCUCUCAGCUACUUAACUCGGUGUCACCAACCUGCAGUGUGCCGAAGGAUGGGUUUGUCAUUCGUUGCCAGCUUGAUAUGCAGGACUGUAGUGAGCCAGGACAAAACAAUUGCACUUGCUCUACACUGUCAGAGUAUUCAAGGCAAUGUGCUAUGUCCCAUCAAAUGGUGUUCAACUGGAGAACGGAAAACCUCUGUUCCGUAGGAAAAUGUUCUGCUAACCAAAUCUAUGAGGAAUGUGGUUCUCCAUGUAUUAAAACCUGUUCCAACCCAGAGUACAGCUGCUCCAGUCACUGUACCUAUGGCUGCUUUUGUCCAGAAGGAACUGUUCUUGAUGACAUCUCAAAGAAUCGAACGUGUGUUCACAUUAAGCAGUGUCCAUGUACACUGAAUGGGAAAACAUAUGCUCCUGGUGAGGCAAUGAAAGCUGCAUGUAGGACCUGUAAAUGUACAAUGGGUCAAUGGAACUGCAAAGACUUGCCCUGCCCUGGAAGGUGUUCACUGGAAGGAGGGUCCUUUGUUACCACGUUUGAUUCUAGAUCAUACAGGUUUCAUGGGGUUUGCACUUACGUUCUUAUGAAGAGUUCCAGCCUGCCACACAAUGGAACCCUAAUGGCUGUAUAUGAAAAGUCCGGUUAUUCUUAUUCUGAGACAUCACUUAGUGCUAUAAUUUACCUCUCUGCAAAGGACAAAAUCGUGAUUUCUCAGAAUGAACUCCUUACUGAUGAUGAUGAACUUAAGCGGCUACCUUACAGAUCAGGAGACAUCACUAUUUUCAGACAGUCCUCAAUGUACAUUCAAAUGUAUACAACCUUCGGGCUGGAACUUUUAGUUCAAACAUCACCUGUGUUCCAGACCUAUGUGAAAGUGGGAUCACAAUUCAAAGGCAGAACCCUAGGUUUGUGUGGCAAUUAUAAUGGAGACACUACAGAUGACUUCAUGACUAGCAUGGAUAUCACUGAAGGAACAGCCUCCCUGUUUGUCGAUUCCUGGAGGGCAGGAAAUUGCCAUCCCGCUUUAGAGAGAGACACUGACCCUUGCGCUUUGAGUCAACUGAACAAAAUAUCUGCUGAGACUCAUUGCUCCAUUCUUACCAAGAAGGGUACAGUGUUCGAGAAAUGCCAUGCUGUGGUGAACCCAAUUCCUUUCUACAAGAGAUGUGUCUACCAAGCCUGUAAUUACGAAGAGACCUUUCCUUAUAUUUGUUCUGCUCUGGGAUCAUAUGCACGAACAUGCAGUUCAAUGGGUUUAAUCCUUGAGAACUGGAGAAACAGUAUGGACAACUGUACCAUUACUUGUACUGGCAAUCAAACAUUCAGCUACAACACUCAGGCGUGUGACAGGACAUGCUUGUCACUCUCCAACCGAGCCCUGGAAUGUCAUCCAGCUGACAUCCCUAUCGAAGGCUGCCAUUGUCCUAAAGGAACAUACCUGAACCACAAGAACGAGUGUGUUCGUAGAUCUUAUUGUCCCUGCUAUUUAGAAGACAGAAAGUACAUUUUGCCUGACCAGUCAACAAUAACUGGUGGGAUUACCUGCUACUGUGUUAAUGGGAAGCUAAGUUGCACAGGCAAACCUCAAAAUCCUGCAGAAAGCUGCAAAGCUCCUAAGAAAUAUAUAUCGUGUUCUGACAGCUUAGAAAACAAGUAUGGAGCGGCAUGUGCCCCUACCUGUCAGAUGCUGGCUACUGGAAUCGAAUGUAUACCCACUAGAUGUGAGUCGGGCUGUGUCUGUGCUGAUGGGCUAUAUGAAAAUCUUGAUGGCAGGUGUGUUCCAGCUGAGGAGUGUCCGUGUGAAUAUGGUGGUCUUGCUUAUGCAAAAGGUGAACAGAUCCAAACUGAAUGUGAGAUCUGCACUUGCACAAAAGGCAAAUGGAAAUGUGUUCAAAAAUCAAAGUGUUCUUCAACGUGUAAUCUGUAUGGAGAAGGCCACAUCACCACUUUUGACGGACAGCGCUUCGUGUUUGAUGGCAACUGUGAAUACAUAUUAGCUAUGGAUGGCUGCAGUGUUAAUAGACCUGCUUCCUCUUUCAAAAUUGUUACGGAGAAUGUCAUCUGUGGGAGAUCAGGGGUUACAUGCUCCAGAUCCAUCAGCAUUAACCUUGGGAAUUUGACAUUCAUACUGCGUGAUGAAACCUUCACUAUUUCCGGGGAAAACCCUGGAGUACGAUACAGCGUGAAAAAGAAUGCCCUUCACCUGAUGUUUGAUAUCAUUAUCCUAGGAAAAUACAACAUGACCCUUAUCUGGAAUAAGCACAUGACUUUAUUCAUCAAGAUCUCCAGAGAAACCCAGGAAACUAUAUGCGGUUUGUGUGGGAACUAUAAUGGCAAUAUGAAGGAUGAUUUUGAAACUCGAAGCAAGUAUGUGGCAUCAAGUGAAUUGGAAUUUGUCAAUUCAUGGAAAGAGAAUCCUCUGUGUGGGGAUGUAUACUUCGUAGUGGACCCCUGUAACAAGAACCCUUAUCGUAAAGCAUGGGCAGAAAAGACAUGUUCCAUCAUCAACAGCCAAGUCUUUUCUGCCUGUCACAAUAAGGUGAAUCGUAUGCCCUAUUAUGAGGCCUGUGUUCGAGACUCUUGUGGUUGUGACAUUGGAGGGGACUGUGAAUGCAUGUGUGAUGCCAUUGCAGUAUAUGCCAUGGCGUGCUUAGAUAAAGGUAUCUGCAUUGACUGGAGAACCCCCGAGUUCUGCCCUGUCUAUUGUGAAUAUUAUAAUUCUCAUAAAAAACCAGGAAGUGGUGGUGCGUAUUCCUAUGGCUACAGCAAUGACAACUGCACCUGGCAUUACAGGCCUUGUAACUGCCCAAAUCAAAACUACAAAUAUGUCAACAUCGAAGGCUGUUACAACUGCUCUCAUGAUGAAUAUUUUGACCAUGAGAAGGACAGAUGCAUGCCAUGUGGACCUAAAAUCGUUAGUACCACACCUGAAAUAUCUUCACCUUCAACAGUGGCAACAGUGCAGCCUAAAGUAACAAGAAGCUUUACCACAAGUACCCUGCCCACAGUACCUCAUAUUUCUUCUUCUGCAGCUGUUGUAUCAACUGAGACUACAAAUCCAACAAUAACCUCAAAAAUCACAGUUCCAAGGACCUCAUCAGCAUCACCCCUUGUCACAGUAAAGUCAACAACUGAAAGUAAGGGAACCCAAGCGACCACUCUGUACCACCAGGUCCCUGUAGUUGUCACCCACAGAAGGUCAACAAAGCCACACAUUGUCCAGCAUCUCAUCACACAGAAGACCACCUCUGCCAUAUCUGCCAGCAGCACCUCUGUCCCAAGAGAGGUCAGCCUUGCCAGCAGCCCAGAAGCCCCACUGACAAGGAUGUUUCCAAGCCCCAGCUCUUUACCUGCCACCUCAGCGUCAUCUCCUUCUUCUCCCUCCUCAACUGUGUCCUCAACACAGCUGAGACCAUCAUAUCCUGCAAGGGAGCCAACCAGAGCUAAGACUCCAACUAGUAAAGUAGUAACAGGUGAGUGCUCUGGUCAGGACAGAGCUCACGAAGAGUUUACCCCAGAAAUGCCCACCUUACACACCUUCCCACCUUACACAGUCAUCUUAAUUGACCUGUGCUUCCCUCCCGGCAGCCUUCACCCACACAAAGCCCACUAUGCCACACAUUAUGCCGCCUGUCACCACGCAGAAGACCACCGCCACCACCCCUGCCAGCAGCACCUCCAGGACCUCUGCCUCCAGAGGGGCCACCCCCACCAGCUCCACAGAAGCCCCUCUGACCGGGAUGUCUCCAAGUCCCAGCUCUGCGCCAGCCCCCAGCAGCGCGCCCAGCACCCGGCUGUCAUCUGCCACCACGUCCACAGUGUCCUCCACCACUUCCACAGUGUCCUCCACCACUUCCACAGUGUCCUCCACCGCAGCCCCAGCCACCAGCCCCCAGCCUACGCCUACAACCCUGAGGCCCAGGCCCUUUUCCUUGACGACCAGAGCUCCAACAGAGUUGCCUCCACUGCAGUCCUCUGCACCCUCCACGGCCAAAACCAGCCCGCUGCCGUCGCCUGCAUCUUCCCCCUCCUCGACUGUGUCCUCGACUGUGUCCUCAACAUGGCUGAGCUCCUCACACCCCGGAACCGCCAUCCCACUGCUCCCUCUUGCCCAUCAAGACUCAGUGUCCAUGUUCCCUGCAGGGCGCAUCUGCCCACCUCCUUUGCCUUCCCCUCUUGCCCUCACCCUCAGAUGACCUGUGCUUCCCUCCCGGCAGCCUUCACCCACACAAAGCCCACUAUGCCACACAUUAUGCCGCCUGUCACCACGCAGAAGACCACCGCCACCACCCCUGCCAGCAGCACCUCCGGGACUUCUGCCUCCAGAGGGGCCACCCCCACCAGCUCCACAGAAGCCCCUCUGACCGGGAUGUCUCCAAGUCCCAGCUCUGCGCCAGCCCCCAGCAGCGCGCCCAGCACCCGGCUGCCAUCUGCCACCACUUCCACAGUGUCCUCCACCACUUCCACAGUGUCCUCCACCACUUCCACAGUGUCCUCCACCGCAGCCCCGGCCACCAGCCCCCAGCCUACGCCUACGACCCUGAGGCCCAGGCCCUUUUCCUUGACGACCAGAGCUCCAACAGAGUUGCCUCCACUGCAGUCCUCUGCACCCUCCACGGCCAAAACCAGCCCGCUGCCGUCGCCUGCAUCUUCCCCCUCCUCGACUGUGUCCUCAACAUGGCUGAGCUCCUCACACCCCGCCUUCACCCACACAAAGCCCACUAUGCCACACAUUAUGCCGCCUGUCACCACGCAGAAGACCACCGCCACCACCCCUGCCAGCAGCACCUCCAGGACCUCUGCCUCCAGAGGGGCCACCCCCACCAGCUCCACAGAAGCCCCUCUGACCGGGAUGUCUCCAAGUCCCAGCUCUGCGCCAGCCCCCAGCAUGUCCUCCACCACGUCCACAGUGUCCUCCACCACUUCCACAGUGUCCUCCACCGCAGCCCCGGCCACCAGCCCCCAGCCUACGCCUACGACCCUGAGGCCCAGGCCCUUUUCCUUGACGACCAGAGCUCCAACAGAGUUGCCUCCACUGCAGUCCUCUGCACCCUCCACGGCCAAAACCAGCCCGCUGCCGUCGCCUGCAUCUUCCCCCUCCUCGACUGUGUCCUCGACUGUGUCCUCAACAUGGCUGAGCUCCUCACACCCCGGUAAGGCUCCCUGCCUCCCUUCGCACUGCUCUGCUUGCUGUUCCCAUCUCUCAUGCUCGGUUUCUUCCAUUCUUCCUUCCGGGGAGAACCUGGAUGGGGAUUCUGCAGGCAGGAACCGCCAUCCCACUGCUCCCUCUUGCCCAUCAAGACUCAGUGUCCAUGUUCCCUGCAGGGCGCAUCUGCCCACCUCCUUUGCCUUCCCCUCUUGCCCUCACCCUCAGAUGACCUGUGCUUCCCUCCCGGCAGCCUCCACCCACACAAAGCCCACUAUGCCACACAUUAUGCCGCCUGUCACCACGCAGAAGACCACCGCCACCACCCCUGCCAGCAGCACCUCCGGGACUUCUGCCUCCAGAGGGGCCACCCCCACCAGCUCCACAGAAGCCCCUCUGACCGGGAGGUCUCCAAGUCCCAGCUCUGCGCCAGCCCCCAGCAGCGCGCCCAGCACCCGGCUGCCAUCUGCCACCACUUCCACAGUGUCCUCCACCACGUCCACAGUGUCCUCCACCACUUCCACAGUGUCCUCCACCGCAGCCCCAAGCAGCAGGCCCACACGUACCUCUGUGCCCCUCACUACUUCCACAUUUAGAUCUGCUGAGAGUACUCCAUAUUUUUCCUCACCAAACACAACAUUUAGUCCAUAUGGUGAAAUACCUUCAUCAGUACCUCCUGCCACUGUCUCUGCCAAGUCCACUCCGGUGUUGAUCCCAACUGCUUUAAUUACAACUACUCUUGCUCCCGGUGUUAUUACUACUGUUUCUAUGGAAUCAGCUGAAACGACUUCAUUGCGAACAACGUUAACCACUACCCGCACCACAUCAUCCUCUUUUUCCACUUCUGGACUUUCAACAACUUCAUCUUCUGUUGGACCAUUUAUAGUGCCACAAGAGCGUUGUGAAGAACACAAAUAUGAAGAAAAAAUAACUUACAAAGGCUGUUCUACAAACGUCACUUUAAGCCGGUGUGAAGGAUCGUGCCCAUCUUCCACAAAGUGGGACGCUGAGAAGAUGCUGGUCAGCACCGCCUGCGGCUGCUGCAGGCCGCUCCAGCUGCUGAAGAAGGAAUUCCAGCUCCCGUGCCAGGACCCGGAUAACCCCAGAAAAAGGCUUGUUACAGAAAUAAUUGUAUUUAGCAGCUGUGUUUGUGACUUUGACAGUUGCACACACUAG